UCGGGGAGACGAUCCCGGCGAGGAUGUUCGUGAGGAGGCAUGGGGCGGUGGUGUUGAAUGUGGAUUAUCGGCUUUCGCCGGAGCAUCCGUUUCCGGUGCCAGUGAAUGAUAGCUGGGACGUGUUGAAAUGGGCCUCGGAGCACUAUGCUGAAGUGAACGCGGAUCCGUCCAAAGGGUUCGUCAUUGGAGGCACUUCCGCCGGCGGGAAUAUCUCCGCCGUUCUCGGCUUCAAAGCGCGCGACGAGAAGCUCUCCCCGCCACUAACCGGCCUCCUCCUCACUAUCCCCGCCAUAGGACUCAACUACAAGGCCAUCCCCGCCGAAUAUAAAGACGACAUCCUCUCCUACGCGCAGAACGCCGAAGCCCCGAUCCUCCCCCUCCCCGUCAUCGACAGAUUCAUGGAUGCUUUCAAGCCCGACUACACCUCGCGGCUGCACAACCUGUUCGCCGACCCGGUCGACUGGUCGGGCGUCCCGCCGACGGUGUUCCAGAUCUGCGGGCUCGAUCCGCUCCGCGACGAGGCGUUCCUGGCGGAGAAGAAGAUGCGCGAGGCCGGCGUCAAGACACUGGUAGAUGUGUAUCCGGGGCUGCCGCAUGCGUUCUGGAGCUUCCUCCCGAAGUGGGGGCCGAGUCAGGAGUUCGUGAAGCAUACGGCGGAUACGAUGGGGUGGUUGUUGGAGCAGGGUGGGAAGUGAGGGAUUGGGCUGGGGAUAAUAUUUCCAUAUCGGUCGGACAAUACAAGAAUAUAUCAGUGCCCCGCCAUACCCAUCAAAUGCUAUUAGCCUUAAGUGCUCGAAUGACGUCCGACAUGGCUGCCAGGCAUACUAGAUUUUCCUUUCCAAAGGAACCAUUGAAGUAGACGAAUGUCCCCCUCAA